ACAAUGCCGCAGCACAACAGACCUUGUGUUAGACGGCGGGACGCAUCCUGUCCAGAUAGCAUUGCUUGGGUUACAUGUACUUUCGCUUCGUCGCCUGUUAGUUAUGCGGGUGAAAUAUCCAGAGUUAGGCGGCACAGAUCUAGAACCUGCCCCAUACCAAAUGAUUCCGAGCAACAACGCCAUUUCUGUCGCUUCAGACAAGAAAACAGACAGUCCUUUAACAGGAUUUCAGUGGAAGACGAUUCGGAUGAAAACAACAACCUCCCAUUGAACACAGAUCCAUUCGGACGAGAACCUCCUUGGACCUACAAUCCGGCUCCCGUUGCACCCACAUUCGAUUAUGUUCGCACAAGCACCACACUCGGUCUUCAGUCAACCAGUCGGCCAGUUACCCAACAUCAAAGCUAUGAAUCAGAGCAGGUGUAUACUGAGCUAGUCAACUGGAUUCAACGGCUCAAACGCGAGUCCGAGCUACCCGUCGCGUCCAUAAGUACGCUCGAUUUACUCAUCCGCCGAGAAACUUGCACAAGAAUUCAACUUAGUCUCAUCGACUACGCGCCACACAACCGCCUUUUCCAGUCUUCGGACUACUAUUACACCGCGCUCAACCAGCUCGCAUAUCAAUAUGAGCUGUUUCGCGUCCUUCGCAACGCGUUGAAGUUGCUUCCAUCUUCCUCAAACCACAAUCAUCUCCAGUAUUUUCAUCGCAUACUCGCUGCUUUCCGCGAAGCCAACAGGCCCUCUGCAUUCGUCUUUGCUGAUAGCUCAUACCCGGUUGAAAUGCCGCUACAGUUGACACCGAGUUUGAAGGCCAUAAGGGACAAGGCUGCUGAUGAAGGGACAAUUGACGGCUGGGCUGACGAUAUUGGGCGCAUGAUUGCGCAUAUCAGCAGCCAUGGUAUCGAGGGGGACCAUUGGGAUGGUUGCGCUGAGGCGAUUGAGCAGUCCAGACAAAUACGGGCGAGCGAACGAGUUCCUCGUUUAUAG